UAACGCUUGGUGUUAGAAUAAGAAGUAUUAGACGCGCUCCUGUUGGUUCUUCAAGUGUAAAAACAAGAUAACGAUAAGAGUUAAUUGGAAUAAUUACAGAUCAAAUACUUUGAAGUGUUUCAUAAAUUUAAUGACAGUGUGUAUUAAACUACAAACAAUUAAAAUCUAAUAAAAAUUAUUUGUUCCCAAUUAAAACUAUUUUAUAGAAUUAAAAUAAGUGCUAAAAGUGAAACAUAAGAGGAAAACUAUUAGUACAACAGAGAUUUUUGUGACAAUCAGAUACAAAUAUCAACACACUUUCUCUUAUCUUGAUCGUAGCACCAAAACGUAAAGAAAAAGAGCAUUAGCGACUGAUUGCGACAACUACGUUUAUUAAAGGCAGGCAUACGAAGGGAAAUUAAAAAUUGAUAUCCAGCAGCAACAACAAUGCGAAAGAACUGCAGUAACACAAUACGCAAGAUGCCACAUAUACCCGCAGCGCUAGUCUAUUUGCUGCUUCUGUUUUUUAGCAAUACAAUUGCAACAACAAGUGCUCUACGACGUUCUCGUAUCGAUGCAGCAGCUACUGUUUCAGAGGCUAAUGGCGACAGUUCAGCUUCAGCUGCGAGCUUUGAAAACUUACAACAAACUCAGCAAACAUCAGCAACAGCAGCUACCUCAGCCCCGCUACUGCCACAAUCAUUGCCACUUGCGGCAACAGCACUCGCUGAUGCUGAUAAUAUUAAAUCUGAGCCACUUAGGCCUGAUCAAUCACCGAAUGUCGCUGGGGUAGCCGCUGCUGUUGCUGCACUUACAGGCACAGAGACAAAGAAUUUCAUUGAUACAGCGGCGUCGGCACUUAAAAAGGAGCAAACAAUAAAUGCUGCAUCAUCAUUAUCAUCAUCGUCAUCGUCAUCGCCAUCAACAUCAACAUCGGUUUCUGCAUCUGCAACAGCCGGUGAAAUAGGCGCUACAGGAGCUGUAAAGCCUGCCGCCGACGCUAUAACAUUCGAGAAUAAAUUACUGAAGGAAGAAAAAGAAACGCCAACAGGCAUUGAUAUUCAUGAUUUGGAACACGAUGAUAGUUCGUCGAGUACAGUCGACGGCAUUGGUGUUGAUGAAUGUGAAACGGAUCUGGUUGGAUUCGAAAUUAUAACAGGAUAUGUUUUCUCAGCACCGGGUAAGCUGUUGGACUCGUUGCCAGGCACUCUGAUGUUGACUGAUUGUUUGGAGGCAUGUCAGAGCAAUGAAACUUGUCAUGCGGUUAAUUAUGAAACUGGCUUAUGUGUGCUAUUCUCAGCAAAUGCAGAUAAAUUACCAGGUGCACUGACGAAAUCUCAAUUCCCAGUCUUCACCAUUUAUGCGCAGAAAACAUGUCUGGGGGUACGUCCAUGCGCACGUGCCUGGUGUGUGGAUCGUGUGCAGGGCUACAAGUUGAAUGGACAUGCAAGACGCAGCCUGCCAGUGACAUCGAGACGUGAUUGCUUGGAAUUGUGCUUAGGAGAAAAUGAAUUCACAUGCCGAUCAGCAAACUAUUAUCGCAAUACGAAUACUUGUGAACUCUCCGAAAUGGAUCGCAUCACUUUGGCCGGUACGAGUGCAUUCCAACCGCGGGAUGAUAUCGAUUAUUUGGAAAAUAAUUGCGCCGAAGAGCCAAAUAAAUUGUGCGAAUUCAAACGUUUGUCCGGUCGAAUUUUGAAGACCGUUGACUCUGUUUAUCAGGACGUGGGUAGUAUAGAAGAGUGUCGUGAUUUAUGUUUAAAUUCUCCUUACAGAUGUCACUCAUAUGACUAUGGUGAUACUGGUGAUAUGGUCUGCCGUCUAUCUCAUCAUAGCCGAGCAACAUUAGCCGAUGUAGAGGACCCUUACUUAGAAGUACCGGAAGCAUCUACAUAUGAACUCUCUUCUUGUUACAAUGUCACAAUAGAGUGCGGUGCAGGUGAUAUGAUCGCACGUAUCAGAACUUCUAAACUAUUCGACGGCAAAGUGUAUGCGAAGGGUUCACCAAAAUCUUGCGCGGUGGAUGUCAAGACAGCACUUGACUUUGAAUUGCGCAUGGGCUACCAAGAUUUAGAGUGUAAUGUACGUCAAAGCGGUUCAGGGCGCUAUGUUAACGAUGUUGUCAUACAACAUCAUGACACAAUUGUGACAUCAUCAGAUUUGGGAUUAGCAGUUACUUGUCAAUAUGAUUUAACUAACAAAUCUGUCACGAAUGACGUUGACUUAGAUGUUAAGGGUGAUAUAGAACCAGCACUAUCAGAAGAAGUAAUAGUCGAUUCACCUAAUGUCAUCAUGAAAAUAACAUCACGCGAUGGUUCAGAUGUUAUGCGUUCAGCUGAAGUUGGCGAUCCAUUAGCACUUAAAUUUGAAAUACUUGACGAGCAAAGUCCUUAUGAAAUAUUCGUACGCGAACUUGUGGCUAUGGAUGGUGGUGAUAAUGCUGAAAUAACGCUUAUUGACUCAAGGGGUUGCCCAACAGAUCACUUCAUCAUGGGACCAAUUAACAAGAGUUCAUUAUCUGGUAAGGUGCUGUUGUCACACUUUGAUGCCUUCAAAUUUCCAUCGUCUGAAGUUGUGCAAUUCCGCGCUUUGGUCACACCAUGCAUGCCAACAUGUGAGCCCGUACAAUGCGACCAAGAUGAUUUCAGUGCUGAACUCAAAUCGCUGACUUCGUACGGACGCAGAAGAAGGCGUUCAUUAAACGCAACAGAAACAUUUAUUGGCAACACUCGACAACGAUCUCGUCGUGAGACAACAAAAAAACCCAGCCAGGACGAUAUGCUUUUAGUGCAAUCAAUUCAGAUCACUGACAAAUUUGGAUUCGAUAAGCAACAGCAAACCAAAACAUCCGCAUACGAUACCAGCGGAGAGACCGUUUUCAUCUCUAAUGACGCUACACAAGGGUUCUGCGUUAAUGCAAUUGGACUCAUUGUUGCAACAACUGUAUUCCUCCUUGCCCAAUUAUCAGUAAUAGCAAUAUGGACAUAUAUCUACCAGAGACGCCGAAAACAACAAGCGUACACAAGUGAUGGCAUUGGUACAACAUCUGCCUAUGGUGGACACACCAGCUCUACAGGAUCGACUAUUCUACCAACUGCGCGAACAGAAUCUCUUUGCAAAUUAUACGAAAGUGGCAUUGCUGGACGACACGGACUACAAUUUUAAGAACUACGACUAAUGAGAUUGGAAAAAAACGUAUAUAUACCACCUUUUUUUAAAAGAAGAACAAAUAAGUAAUUACUUAAGAUGCUUGAGGAGAGACAGGAGCAUCAUUAUUUAAGAAAAAGUUGCAAUAUGAAAACAUUAGAAGACGCCAUUAAAAAUGUCAAAAGUAUUUAUGGUGCCGAAUAGUUUAAUACUUGCGGGAAGCAAUAUAAAUAUUAAAUAUUAUUUAAAAAACAAUUAUCGAUUAUAAUUAACUAUGCAGUUGUAGUCUUAACUUAGUUAUAAGUGAGAAAAUCAUACUUUAAGCAAAUUAAAUCACAUAGCAAAUCUUUCGAGAGCAUAAUUUUGGAAAAAAGGACGACUGAUAUAUUUGGAGAACAAUAUCCAGCAAUUUUGGAUUGUUUUAUAUACUGCA